AUGACGAGCUCAUUCUGGCCAUGGCUACGUCUGCCAUUCUACCUGAGCGCCGGCCUGGCCAGUCUCGGCGGCGGUGCGCUCUUCUACUUUCAAAAGUAAGUCCGUCCUUGCGCGGAUUUCGUGCCUACAUUACAUGUCUAACGAAGCUUGAGUGAAAUCAUUUACCCGCGGAAUCUGCCUCCGGGAACACGGACAGAAGUGCCGCGUCCCCCUCAGUUUGAUAUCGAGGACUCUGAAGAGCUGUCGCUGACUACACCUGACGGCGAAACACUCAGUGCAUUCCUCGUCAAACCACCUAACAAGGCUCAAGCCAGGCCGAUCACUAUCCUGAGCUUCCAUGGGAAUGCUGGCAACAUCGGCCACAGACUCCCAAUCGCCAAGGUCCUCGCUCAAGAUUUGCAGUGCACGACUCUUAUGCUGGAAUACCGUGGGUAUGGCCUCUCCACGGGAAACCCUAGCGAGAAGGGGUUGUGUAUCGACGCUCAGACCGGACUUGACUAUAUUCGCAAUCGUGAAGAUCUCAAAGGCAACCAGAUCGUAGUAUACGGCCAGAGCCUUGGCGGCGCAGUAGGCAUCGACCUCGUGGCCAAGAACAAGGAUACAGGCGAUAUCAAAGGCUUGAUACUGGAAAACACGUUCUUGAGCAUUGCCAAGAUGAUCCCGAAGGCCGUACCCAUUGCGAAAUACCUGACGCCACUGUGCCAUGAGUAUUGGCGGAGUGAACAGAUGCUCCCUCAGAUCACAGAUGUACCGAUCUUAUUCUUGAGUGGGCUCAAAGACGAGAUCGUCCCGUAAGUCGUUCUAUCACUGGUCACCAAAUGGAUCUGCUGCUAAGUUCCGGCAGACCAUCGCACAUGAAGGAGCUGUUCAAGAUAUGUCGCUCUCCCAGGGUGAUGUGGAAGGAACUCCCAUAUGGCGACCACAAUAACACUGUUGCGGAAGCAGGAUAUUUCCUACACAUUGAUGAGUUUCUUCGGCAGUAUCUGCCAUCCUAG